AUGACAAUCUGGGUAACCCAUUUCCUUCCAAUUCUAUUAACCUUCCCAUUUGUCAAAUCAAAACAUGAAAUAAUAUAUUCGGUGCAGGAGGAAUCCGAAAAUGGGACUUUUAUCGGAGAUAUUCUGGCCGAUUCAGGAUCGAGUGACCUAGCUACAAGUGGCGGAGAUAUUGGAGUUCAGCUCUACGAAGAUCAGGCCACUGGAUUAUUUCAAGUUGAUGGAAAGACAGGAAAAUUGACCGUGGCUGGAAGAAUUGACCGAGAAGCAAUCUGUCCUCAAAGGGGUGGAAUUUCAUCAGUCGCCUCAUUUUCACCCGGUCUUAUUGCAAAUUCACUCAGUACAUGUCAAAUCGAAUUUAUCGCCCACAUUCCGCCAGAUAAUUUGAUAAACAUUGCUGUUACAGUCGAGGAUAUAAAUGAUCAUACUCCAAGGUUUAAAACUGAUAGUACAAAUCAGCUUACAAGUCGAACGUCCGGUUCUUCUAACAUCGUAUACAUAAGUGAAGGAGUCAGUGUUGGGUAUGAAGUACCAAUAAAUGGAGCGACAGAUGAGGAUGCUGGAAGCAAUGGAAUUCAAUCCUACAGUUUAUCCAUUGAUGAUGAUGAUGGUACAACCUUUGCUCUCCGAUAUGUUCUACCAAGUGAAUUGAAUCUCAUAGUGAAGAAGAAAUUGGAUUACGAGACAAAAACAGCUUAUAGAGGACAAAUUAUAUCCUGUGAUGGCGGUAAGCCAACACCUAGAUGUGCUGUUCAGAAUAUCACAAUCGCCAUCACUGAUAUAAACGAUAAUAUGCCUCAUUUUGACAAAGAUCUCUAUACCGUUCGAAUCUCAGAAGCUACACCGGUAUCAUCAGUUAUUUUAUCAGUUUCAGCAACCGAUGCUGAUUCCGGAGAGCUCGGAAGACUAACAUACCGAUUUGGACAAACUUACGAUCAGAAUGUGGGUGUCUUCUUCGGUGUAAAUGAGAAUACGGGCGAAAUUUGGGUUAAAAGUCCUCUUGAUGCUAAAGUUAUGUCUCACUUUAAAUUCCCUGUGACUGCCCAAGAUGGUGGGACUAUACCCAAAACUGGAUCGACAAUGGUACAGGUAGAUAUUGAUGAUGUGAAUAAUCAUGCACCUUGGAUUGAGAUCAAACCGAUAAAUUCACCACUUUAUGCCAAAAAGCCAACUAAGGAUGGCUAUAUUCAGCUUUGGAUUGAGGAAAACCAACCCGUCGGAACUCAGAUUGGAAUUAUCCUCACUGGUGAUAAAGACGUUGGACCUAACGGUGAUGUAUUCUGCACUCUCGACGACAAGGAUUCUUCAUUCAGGUUACGUCAUUCAAGUUCAGGACGUGGACGGAAGAUGUACAGUCUUCAGUCUAAGGUCCAAUUCGAUCUAGAAAGUAUGAAUUUAAACUCGCCAAUAAGGCUUCAAGUAGAAUGUUCCGAUUUGGGAAAACCAAAGUUAAUUACAAAGCAAAGUAUUCAAGUUAAUGUAAUUGAUGUUAAUGAAUUUCCAGCAUUUUUCACUAAAGUUCAAUCAAAUGUUGCUGUGCAUAUACCAGAAGAUACAUCACCAGGUUCAUUGGUCACUAAAAUUCAAGCAACUGAUCGUGAUGCCACGCCAAAAAUGGAAUUCAGGCUGGAGAAUGAUCAAGGUGGUCUGUUUAUUAUUGAUUCCUCAAACGGAAACGUAUUCACACAGGAGAAAUUUGAUCGUGAGGUACAAAGCCAAGUUCAUUUUUCAGUUCGUCUUCUUGAUUCGGAUAUUUCGAAUUCCAUAAUUCCGCAAGCAAGAUCUGAUUUAGCGAAUGUGACAGUUAUCCUGGAUGAUGUUAAUGAUAAUUCACCGGUUCUGGAGAGUAGUCGAACUUUUAGUGUCCUUGAAAAUCGAGCUGCCUACGCUGAUCUAAUCGGCCAACUCAGGGCUUACGAUCCGGAUCUAGGAGAAAACGGCACCGUUCGUUUUCUUACUUCAAAUAACCUCUUUGAUGUUAACCCAGUGACUGGCAAAAUCUAUUCUAAAGCCAUUCUUGACCGAGAAGCUGUCGCUCAAUAUCAUCUUGAUAUUGAAAUCACAGACCUUGGACGACCUGUUGCGAGAAGAACUAUUGAACGUAUUAGCAUCAAUGUUGAUGAUGUUAACGACAACAGACCUGUUUGGAAAAUGCCAGAGAAGCUUCAUCGGGAAAUAUAUAUGAGACCUGUAAAUAAUGUGAUAAGAAGUGUUGAUAAAAAUUCAGGGAAGGAGGAUAUUCAAUCCAUUGGCUUUGUUAAUAUUUCAAGUCAAGCUUCAGAACAAGCUGAAAUUGUAAAACUGGUUGCGAUAGAUGCUGACAUUGAUCAAAAUGCCAACAUCUCCUUCAGCAUACUCAGUGGAAAGUACUAUAGUGAAAGUGACUUUACUUUAAGCAAAAAUAACAUUCUCAAUCUCGUUCAGGUUCCUCAACAGAUAAAUAUCAAAGAUUACUUCAAGAUCGAUUCCCUCACCUGGGUACUAAGUGCUAUCUCAGAUAAUGGUGUUAUCAAACCCAAGAGCGGUCUCUAUGAAAUCUUACUCUGGGCAUCUGAUAAUGGUCAGCCACCUCUGCACACAGAUGCAAUAAUAUUUGUCUAUUAUGAAUGUAAAUGGGGAUUUGUGGCCAGUCUCUUUAGUGUUUUAAAUCGUGGCAAAACAGUUAUUCUCGUUUGUCUCGUAUGCCUAUUCAUAUGUAUGGUACUAUGCCCUGUCCUCAUUUACUUGGUUCGAGCUCGGAGGAGGUCACAGGAAUGCCGUGAGAGAGGAAUUAUUGCUUGUGUUGACGAUGAAAGGUUGAGGCAGGAGGACUUGAUACGUGUUGGCAAUGCAGAAGUGGAAAGUUGGGCGAAGGAGCAGAUGUUUAUGACCCAGCAACCCUAUUUGAAUUCCUUCGAUAACCCAGAGGAUAUGAAUGGCUCUAUUUUGAGGUAUCACACCGAUCAGAGCGCUAUCAACUUUGGACAGUCACCUCAUAUGAACUACCAAGAAUGUCCACCAGUGGUAACCGUUAUUGCAGUGAGUGAACUUUUCUAA